AGUUUUGCGCCCUGGUUCGAGCAAUGCUGCCCCGGCUCGGGCGUGUGAGCAUUUGGGGGCGAUGUUGGUCCCGCUGGCGAACCUCGGUCUUCAACCAGGGAGUCCGCGGUAUGACCAGAUCCUGCAGGACGCGUCGACCGUGCAGGACCCGGUAAGCCAAGUGGCCAUCAUGAGGGACCUCGCGCGUGUGGCGAUGGAGGGCGACGCCAGGGCUGGCGCCUGCCUGGCCGCGUGCCUGCAGGACGAACACGGCCACAUCCGCCGGGCGGCAGUGUGCGCGCUGGAGAAGGCGGCUCUGAAGGGCAGCCCCAAAGCGCUGGAGGUCGUGAGCCUUCGCCUCCGAGACCCCAGCUGGAGGGUCCGCCAGGCCGCGGCGGAGGCCGUGGGGGCCGUGGCCAUCAGGGGCGACCGAGGAGCCAUUGCGGAGCUGACGGCGCUCCUCGAGGACGCCGAGGCGGGUGUGCGGGGGGCCGCAGUGCUGGGGCUGUCGCAGGUGGCGGGCCCGAACGACAGGGACGUCGUCGCGGCCCUGGCGGAGUGCCUGGAGGACCCGGACGGCUACGUGCGGGGCGCUGCGGUGCAGGCGCUGCCCAGGGUCGCUGGCAGGGGAGACGAGGUGGCCCUGUCGGAGGUGCUGGCGCGGCUGGAGCACCCGGAGCCUCGGUGUUUGGGGCCAGACGUUCUGUUGCUUCUUUCUCCAUCGA